AACGGUAGCGGUAUCGGUAGCGGUGUCGGCAGCGGUAAAGGUCCGCAUAGUCCAUUCAAAAAGCCAAGUGAACGGUCACUCAGCGUGUGAGUAGGCGUGAGGUGAAGUGAACCCGAAAGGGGGUUGAAACGAACAACAGACCGUAAAAUACACGGCUUAAGACGCAAAAGAAACAAUAAAAAGCAGCAGCAGCAGUGGAAAACUCGGGAACAACAAACCCUAACAAAACCAAACUAAACCAAGCUAAAACAAAACCAACAAAUUGAGGAAAAAAUAGUGAAAAAUCCGAAUAAAAAACGAGGAAAACCCCAACGCGAAAGUUUCCUCACUAACUAAGGGAUUUGUCUGCAUGGUGGAGAGUAUUGUGGGUCAAGGUCAAGAGCUGACAGAGGGCCCCCUUCAUAAUUGAUAGCGAACUCGCUUAGAAACGUGAUCCAGACCGAGUCUUAGGCAGCUUCGAGUACGUAUUUUCCUGGUGCCCCUGUGUCCUGUGUUGUCUGUCCUGCCUAGUGCUAAGUCAGAAUGUUUGAGCCUCGAUUAGAGCCGAUUUGUGGCAGUUGAAAGUCGUUUCCAGCGCGGCAAUAAGAAAAGCACACACACACACACACAUACACAUAACCACCCAUCCAACCACACAGUGACACGAUACUUUUUUGCUGGUGUGAGUGUGUGUGUUUUUUUUAAUGUAGUGUGCGCGCGUACGUUCGCGUGUGUGUGUGUGUGUGUGAGUAGGUUUUUUCCGUGUUUCUGAAGCAUGCAAAUAAACGGUGUCGCUGCCGGACCCACGAUGGCCGCAUCAGAGCCACCAGAGCCACCGCCGCGCAAUCCGGAUCGCAUAAAUGCCUCACUGCACAAGCUCAGCGAAUCCAAAAUUGUUAAAUCACUGGACUCGAGUCUGAUCAAGGAGAAGUCCGUCUCCGUUAACAACAAUAAGCCUAUACGGCCGCUGCUCUCUCUGGAUAACUCUGUAACGGCCUCCACAUCAGCGGCAGCCGCAGCGACAGCAGCAGGAGCAGCAGCAGCUGGAGCCGGAGCUGGAGCAGUGGGCGGAGCCCCUGUCAAGCCAUCGCCACUGGUACUUACCAGCAAGCGAGACCUCACGCCCAGCAACGACAGCAGCUCCUCGCCGGCCAGCUCGAAUGGCAGCAAUCAGACACUUACGCCACCCAUGACCAACGACAACCAGCAGCAGCAGCAGCAGCAUCGACCACCAUCAUAUCCUGGGAAGAGCGAGGUCGUCGGUCUGCCACAGCCACAAUUGCCGAAUGGCAUCGGAGGCACGGCCAAUGCGAAUUCUAUCCCCGGCCCAGCCAUGAUCCAUGCGAAUAACUCAAAUUUAAUUGCCGCUGGUCACCUGGCACAGGGAGUUGCCGUCUCCUCCAGCUCCACUUCGACGUCCACCGCCAACAGCUCCUCUGGCGGCAGCGCACUAAAUGCGGUCGACAAGCGGAAUGCCAAUGAUGUUUGCUCAAUUGUGAAAUUAAUGGAACCGGAGUCAAUGGCAACCGCAAGAGCAGCUCCAGCUCCAGCUUCAGCUCCAUCUCCAGCCGCAGUAUGCGCCAAUAUGAAUCCAUCAUUAUCUGGCUUCCUGACACUGGGGCCACCGCAUUCUCCGACAUCCGCUGCCUCGGCAGCCCUCCUCAUGCUCGAGUCCUGCGAUGGCAAUCGCAACGAAGAGACAAAGGUCCGACUCCGAUGCGCCUCUGGCUGGGGCUCAGACUCUGGUCCAGCUUCAGAAUCCGGCAUGAAGCUGCGAGAGGAGAACGAUCGUCUCAGUGCGGAGCUGGUUCGCUUGCGUCGACUGCUCGAGCUGUCCACAGACGGGGCCGUCGGCGGCGUGGAUCCCACAGAGGCAGAUGCUCGUGGCAAUAAUGGAACAGCCGCACAGGAUCGCAUUGAACGCCUGGAGUCGGAGCUGCGUACGGUCAAGAAUCAGCUGCUGACCAUGCGGCUGGAGCGGAAGAAACUGCGAACUGACAAAUCCGAUCUGCUGGGACAGGUGAAACAGCUGUGCGCCUCGCUGCAGGAGAAGGAGCAGGAGCUGCGCGACUUUAUCCGCAACUUCCAGGAGCGGGUGCGAGAGUCGGAGACUACAAAUGCCAAGAUCUCGGGCGAUCGAGACCGGGAGCGCUUCCAGCUGCUGAAGCAGGCCCGGGAUGAGGCCGAGCGCUCACUAGCCCUGGCCCAGCAGCUCUCGGCUCGUGACCUGCAGCUGCAGCGACUUCAGGAGCAGCUCCAGGAGGCGCGUCGCCAGCUCACAGGCUGCCUCUCCGACCAGGAGAGUCUCCACUCGUUUGCCCCACUGACUCCGCCCUCAGCGGCCUCUGGCAUGCUCAGCCAGAUGGCAUCCGGCUCUGGCAUGGGUGGAGUACUGGGCGGCCUUCGCGGCACAGCCGACGACAGUGGCCGCGGCAACUCCCUGUCGGCAUUCAGUGGCAGCCUGAGCGGCGGAUCCGGGGCAACAGCAGGCGAUCGAAACUCGUGCUCGAAUGACUCGGGUCUGCGGAACAGCAGCGACCGGGAAAGCACUGGCGGAGAGUUGAACUUCAGCGAUGGCACCUGCGACAAUGGACCGUGCAUCACCGUGGAUCCCGACAGCAUUUCUCUCGUCUCCAGCCAGAACAUGUAUCAAUUUGGAACGCCCAAAGAACGAAGCCCCACAUUGUCGCCCUUGAACUCGGCUGCCUACUCCAGAUCCGUGGAGCAGCUGGGCUCGCCGGUGGACCCCGAUGGCCCAGGAGGGGCUGGAGCCAUAACCCGGAAAUUUGCCUGUGCCACAAAGAGUGGACCGUUGGGAGCACGCAACGGUCGUGGGGGAACCUGGGGCAGCAUAUCGCGUGUGUUUGCUCGAUCCCGCAACAAGAACAAGGCCCUGUCCGCCGAUGGAGUGACUGAAUACACCGACUACUCGUGGAAUCCGCUUUCUGAGGAGGGCUAUGCCGACAAGAUACGGCUGCUGCGCGAGGCUUCUCAGUUGCCUAUGGAGCGCUGGCGGGCCACCCAGGUGCUGGCCUGGUUGGAGGUGGCCCUGGGCAUGCCCCAAUAUAGUGGCCGCUGUGCUGAGAACGUGAAGAGCGGGAAGGUUUUGCUGGAGCUGAACGACAUCGAGCUUGAGGCCGGUCUUGGCCUGGCCCAUCCCAUGCACCGCAAGAAGCUGCGUCUGGCCAUCGAGGAGCAGCGACGACCGGAACUAGUGCGGUAUCCACUCAUCACCCAACUGGGCCACACCUGGGUGGCCUCCGAAUGGCUGCCGGACAUUGGAUUGCCGCAGUACGCGGAGCCGUUUCUGCAGUCCCUCGUCGAUGCUCGCAUGCUGGACACGCUGUCCAAGAAGGAGCUGGAGAAGUUUCUGGGCGUGACCCGAAAGUUCCAUCAGGCCAGCAUUGUGCAUGGCAUUCACGUGUUGCGCAUCGUGAAGUACGACCGCCAGACGCUGGCCAUGAGGCGCGUGCAAUCCGAGACGGUGGACACGGACCCCAUUGUUUGGACAAAUCAGCGCUUCAUACGUUGGGUUCGAUCCAUCGACCUGGGCGAGUACGCCGAUAACCUGAAGGAUAGCGGCGUUCACGGCGGACUCGUCGUGCUGGAGCCAUCCUUCUCGGGCGAUACUAUGGCCACGGCUCUGGGCAUUCCCCCAUCCAAGAACAUAAUACGACGACAUCUGAACACGGAAUUCGAUGCCCUCAUUUUGCCAGCAAGAGCGACUCUGGGUCAAGGCAUCCGUUCAGGUUGCGGCGUAGUGCCCCUGACUGGACCCGGCGGACUGCAGCACUAUGCCACAGCAGACCGCCGCUCGAGCGGCAGCCUCAGGAUUUCGGCAUGGAAAGGAUCUCAGAGCUCUCUUUCCAAAGCCUUUCGGUUCAAUACUAAACCCCAUCGCGCCGGCGAUCGCAGCUCCUUCGGCAACUCCACCUCCCCAACGCCUUCGUACAGCAGCAGCGAGGGCGGCGGAGGAAUAUACGCUACCAUAGGCUCGCUCCAUCAUCAGCAACAGCAUCAUCAUCAGCAGCAGCAGCAACAGCAGCACUAUCAUCACUUUCUGCCGCCUCCAACCACAGCUCCACCGCCGAUUCCCUUGGCAGGUAGCACCAGCAGUAACUACAGUCAUGGUCCGCCGCCGGGCCACCGCGUGAGUGCGCCGCCCACUGGCAGCGUGCUGGAUGGGAGCGGAGUGGAUGCACAGCUACUCUACGAGCAGAGUCGACGACGCGUGAAAAGCAUCAGUGACAUCGGAGCAUCGACCAGUGCGGGCAGUGUGGGGGCGUGUAGUCUGGGCGGCAUAUCAGGUUCCUCGGAGUCGCCCGAAUGAGAAUGGGAGCCGAAUCAGAGCUAGCUAGACAGCAACAACCAAAGAUACUCAGCUGUAUUCCCAUUCCCUUAAUAGUCCCUUUUUACCUGUUCAUCCCCAGUUUAUGUAGUGUCCCUUUCCAUUCUGGAUUCGAGCUUAGAUUCCAAAGAAAACCAAAAACGCGAAUUCUAUUGUAUUAAAGUCAAGUGUCAGACCCACCUUAAGGAUACAAGCAUACAAGAAUCAACAAUUAAAGAUACAUAUAUACCUAUGUCAAGAUACAAAUAAACGAGUAAGCAUUUGAUCAAAUCAGCUAGAGCUACGAACUACGAGUAUAUGCUAAAUAUGAUUCCAUAUACAUACAUAUACUCACUAGAGAUAAUGUAGGCUAAGAUCAAUCCCUCUCGAAAGCGAAUCCACGCCAACACGCCCCACUAAACAACCCAAAUAAACUUGGAUAGUUUAAUUAUAAUUAUUCGUGUAUAACUCUAAUCUAAUGGUAAUUGUAACUGUAAAGCUAGCUUUAAAUUGAUCUACAAAUGUAAUCCUGCGCUGGAGCACUGCCCCACCUUCACCUUGCGGAGUGCUCUGGCGACUGGAAAUGAGCAGCCACAGAAGCAGACUCGUAUCUGAUGCAUGCGAUGGAUGUAAUUACAAUUUAGAUAAAUUGAAAUUAUUUUGUAACCGAACCUAUCGUAGCUAAGCAAAUGAAAAUGGAAACUAUUGAAAUAAAUUUGAUAAGCUGCAAAAUACAAAACUGAUACUGAGGAAUAAGUAUCCUUUAAUAUUGCAUGAUAAUGAUCAAAUACAAGUAACGUACAGAAACUAAAUCAAAUACAAUGCAAACGCACUCCACUCCCCAUACCCUCGCACCACCAAAGAAAGUAAUGUCAGCCUGCUACACAGCCCAAGCUAUCAGAUAUUGAAAUAUCCCAGAAAGAGAACGGUAUUAAUAAGCAGACCAAUUUAACUCUAGUACUAUGACAAAGAAACUAUCGAAUAAACCAAUGAUCAAAACUCUGUUGUAAA